AUGUCGUCCAAACUCGAUCCUUCGGCAUUGAAGUAUGCCUUGUUUCUGUGUUGCGGCCGGUCGGUUGCCUCACACGAGCAAGGCGCAUCUUGUCCAAUAGCAGUCCUGGAUCAGGCCGAAUCGCCUGAUUUUGAGGAACAACUGCGGUCAGAGGCACCCGCUGGGAGUAAAGGACAUAGCCCUCUGCAUGUUAUACUGCUGAGCCCUGAAGCGGGGUCGUUCCCGGGGGACUUGGAGGUCAAUUCUCUCUUUGAGGAAUAUUGGGAUAUCAGUCUUGAAUCCGUGGCUCUUUUGGCUUCGCCGUUGGUGUCUGGUUAUCACAGUCGAUGUGUUGACAUCAAAGGCCGACCGUGCCUUGAAAUAUGCUAUAAUGUCUCAGAGUCACUAUCAUAUGUAGCGAACAACACCAGUCCCCUUGAUAGUACCCCAACCAUCAGUUCGCGAGGCCCGACCGACAUGGUGCUGCAUCAUCAGCAUGAGCCUAUUUACUUCCGCCAUGAUAUAACAACAGGUCACAGUGUUUAUAUGUUCCUCCAGGCAAAAAGCGACCUCCGCAAUUUGGUACAUGGACUUUAUGAGGGCCUCCGACAAUCCGAGCCAUGUUCCUGUACAGACAACUGCACCUGCAGAUGCAAGGGAGAAUCACGCCUGCAUCCACUGGCCUUACAUUCCGCGAUAUUAUUCUACAUCCUCUCAACACGAUCAACCGAGCUCGACAACCUUGUCAAAUGGCUCCUAUGGAUCGAAACACAACUUCACCAAGGCUCGCUCUUCGAGAUAACCGACUCCGAUCGCUUCUCCAAAUACGUCCAACUGCUACACAAAAUGUCCCGGAACCUAAUCACACUCGAACACAAUAACCAGCGCGACACAUCAAACAUCAACCAUCUAUUACAGGAUCAUACGCGACUCGGUCGGCUAGCGAAGCGUUACAACGGCGGUACAAACAUAAAAAGCAGAGUCCACGAGCGUGUUCGAGACGAUCUCCUCGCUCUACGUGACUUCUGCGAGGACAGACAUCGCCGUAUUCUCAACCUCCGUCAACGGACUAACAACUUUAUCACGCUUCUCUAUAACCUAAUUACAGGGCAUGAUAGCACGGUCAAUUUGCGCAUAGCUACCCAAAGUGCGAGCAUUGCACGCGAAGCACGUAAAGACAGUAUGUCUAUGAAGAUCAUUGCGGCUGUGACAUUGAUUUACCUCCCUGCCACAUUCGUGUGUAGCUUGUUCGGGACGAACUUGGUCGCUUUUGACACAUCUCCUGAUUCAACUCGGUCUGAGUUUGUCGUUUCCCGGUGGUGGUGGCUUUAUCUUGCUUUUGCUAUACCGUUGACUGUGUUGACUAUAUUUGGGUUUUGGCUGUGGCGGCGAUUUCGGGAAACGCCAAAAGAGAGAGAGAAGAAGUAUACUGACUAG